UUGCUGGCGGGGUUGGGGAAAGCGGAGUUCAGACGGCAGCGGCAGCAGGAGCCGAGAGGCGGACGCCGCGCGCACCACCACCACCGCCACCGAAGCAGCAGCAGCAGCCGCCCCGGGCUGGAGCGCGCUCGCCGCGUCCCCCUCCAGGGCCCGCCCGCCGAGCCGCAUCAGGGACUCCCCCCCCCCCGCUCCCUGCGGGGCUCGACUCCCUGCCAAGCUUGGGCUAGCUGGGCUGGAGCUGGCCAGCGCCGGAGGACUCGCGCUGCCUGGCAAGUUGUCCGCUUCCCCGCGCAAGUCGCCAAGCCGUCGCUGCCCGGCCGGAGCCGGCAGCCCCCUCCCUCUCCGAGCGCUCCCGGGAGUCUUCGACGGGAGGGGGUGUCCCUUGCCUGCCUGCCCGCCCGCCCGCGCCUCCCCCCGGCCGGGGCCCCUCCCCACGCAGGCAGCUGCCAGGAGGCACACUUGGAGAACUCUCAAGUUCCGGCUCUCUGGGGUCCGCUCGGUGGGGGCAGCAGCGGCAGCCCAGCGAGAGAGCCCGGCCGGCCGGCCGCCCCCUCGCUCCGGAGCUCGCCAUCCCUCGCUCUCCAGCGCCAGAGCAUCGCCUCCUCUCCCUCCCUCUGAGGUCUCGAGCAGGCUGAGGAUUUUCCCAGGGUGCGCUUUGGCUCGGACUUGACGCGCGGCUGAGGAGCGGCUGUGGACGGAGGAAUCUCGGGCACAGCAGGAAGACCUCGAGAUGAUGCAUGUUCUUUGUAUGAGGCCUACUGGAAGUUCAGAUCUCUGUGUGUGGACAUGUAGCCCCUACCCACUUUUAAAGAGUUGCUGCUCCUUCAACCCUGGUGACAAGCAUAAAAUUGGUGAUGGGCUGAAGCAAGAAUUGGACGAGCUAUGCUAAGCGCUAAUUUGCUGAUGCUGCAAGACUUGGAAUCCGGCUGUGAUGUUCUAAGCUCCCCUUGGCUUUCAGUUGGACAACUCCUUGGCCAUUCUGGAGAUGGACUUGCUUUCCGAGACCUACCUCUUGGCAGUCUUAUUAGCCUGCAUUGUAUUUCAGUCUGGAGCUCAGGAGAAGAAUUACACAGUGCGGGAGGAGUUGCCAGAAAAUGUCUUAAUUGGCAAUUUGCUCAAGGACCUCAACCUGACUCUGGACCCAGAUGUGCCCCUUUCAUCGCCUCUGCAGUUCAAGCUUGUGUACAAGACUGGGGACGUUCCGCUGGUCCGUGUGGAGGAGAAUACUGGAGAAAUUUUCACCACUGCCAACCGUAUCGAUCGGGAGAAGCUUUGCUCUGGCAUCUUCAGCGAGAACCGUUGUUUUUACGAGGUGGAAGUUGCUGUCCUGCCUGAUGAAGUUUUCAGGCUGGUCAAGAUCAGAUUCUUGAUUGAGGAUAUAAAUGACAAUGCCCCUCUCUUUCCUUCGACAGUCAUUAAUAUCUCCAUCCCUGAGAACACGGCUAUCAAUUCCCGCUAUUCAGUCCCAUCUGCAGUCGAUCCUGACAUUGGAGUGAAUGGCAUUCAGCACUAUGAACUGCUAAAGCCCAAAACCGCUCCGAAAAGGACUUUUGGAUCCAUUACCAAUGAACAGGGUCAAAAUGUAUUUGGACUUGAUAUAAUUGAGACACCCGAAGGAGACAAGUGGCCUCAGUUGAUAGUCCAACAGAUACUUGACAGGGAGCAGAAGGACACCUAUGUGAUGAAAAUUAAAGUGGAAGAUGGCGGAAACCCUCCAAGAUCCAGUACUGCCAUCCUCCAAGUAACAGUGACCGACGUGAAUGACAACCGCCCCGUCUUCAAGGAGAAUGACAUUGAGGUCAGCGUUCCCGAGAAUGCCCCGGUGGGCACCUCCGUUUCUCAGCUUCAUGCCACAGAUGCUGACUUGGGGUCGAAUGCCCAGAUCCACUUCUAUUUCAGCAGCCAGAUCUCCAGUCUGGCCAAAAGGCUAUUUGCCAUAGAUAACAGCACUGGUCUCAUCACCAUCAAGGAGCCGCUGGACCGGGAGGAAUCCCCAGUUCACAAGCUAACAGUCCUGGCAAGCGACGGCAGUUCAACACCUUCAAGAGCAACGGUGACAGUAAAUGUCACAGACAUUAAUGAUAACAUUCCAUCAAUAGACACGCGAUACAUUAUCAACCCAGUGAAUGGCACUGUGCUUUUGUCGGAGAAAGCUCCACUCAAUACUAAAAUUGCCCUGAUUACAGUAAUGGAUAAGGAUGCUGACCUCAACGGCAAAGUUACCUGCUUCACUGACCAUGAUGUGCCCUUCAGGUUAAAGCCCGUGUUUGAUAAUCAGUUUCUGUUGGAGACAGCCACAUUCCUGGACUAUGAGGCCACGCGGGAAUAUGCCAUUAAAAUAGUGGCUUCUGAUUCGGGGAAACCACCCUUGAACCAGUCUGCAAUGCUGCUCAUCAAAAUCAAGGAUGAGAAUGACAAUGCCCCAGUGUUCACGCAACCCAUUAUUGGACUUUCAAUCCCAGAAAACAAUGCACCUGGCACCCAGUUGACUAAGAUCAGUGCGACAGAUGCAGACAGUGGACGCAAUGCAGAGAUCAGCUACACACUGGGCCUGGAUGCUCCCCCCAUUUUCAACCUGGACCGCCGUACAGGCAUUCUGACAGCAGUGAGAAAGCUGGACAGGGAAAAACAAGACAGAUACUCAUUCACUGUCCUGGCUAAAGAUAAUGGCAUGCCACCCUUGCAGACGAAUGCCACUGUGACAGUUUCAGUCUUGGACCAAAAUGACAACAGCCCUGCUUUCACACACAAUGAGUAUAACUUCUAUGUGCCAGAAAACCUACCCAUGUAUGGCACUGUUGGGCUUAUCACUGUAACAGAUGCAGACUCUGGAGAGAAUGCGGCAGUGACCUUGUCUAUAUUAAAUGGCAAAGAUAAAUUCAUUAUUGAUCCUCUCACUGGAGUCAUAAGGCCUAAUAUUACCUUUGACAGGGAGCAGCAAGGGUCUUACACCUUUCAGGUGAGAGCUUUGGACGGAGGGAGGCUACAACGCUCCUCAACUGCCAAGGUGACCAUCAAUGUGGUGGACGUGAAUGACAACAGACCAGUGUUCAUCAUCCCUUCAUCUAACUACUCUUAUGACCUGGUUCCAAUGUCCACGAGUCCAGGCUCUGUAGUGACCAAGGUGUUUGCCAUUGACAAUGAUACAGGGAUGAAUGCAGAGCUUCGCUACAGCAUUAUUGGUGGGAAUUCACGGGGCUUGUUUAUGAUUGAUCAGCUAACAGGCAAUGUUACCUUAAAAGAGAAAGUCAUAUCAGCAGAUCAUGGGUUGCACAGGCUGGUUAUCAAAGUCAACGAUUUGGGACAGCCUGAGUCUCUGUACACUAUAGCGCUCGUGCACUUGUUUGUGAACGAAACUGCUACCAAUGGAUCCUAUAUCCAAGAGCUAGUGCGCCGAAACAUGGAAACUCCAAUUGGCCAGAAUGUUGGGGAUGGUGAGAUCACCCCACAGACCAAUGACUAUGUCAAGAUCAUCAUUGCUAUCAUUGCAGGCACCAUGACGGUCAUCCUGGUGAUCUUCGUGACUGCCUUGGUGCGAUGCCGCCAAACCCCUAGGCACAAGGUGGUCCAGAAAAGCAAGCAGAGUGGUGAGUGGGUCUCCCCCAACCAAGAAAACCGCCAGAUCAAGAAAAAGAAGAAAAAGAAGAAGCGUUCGCCCAAAAGCCUUCUUCUCAACUUUGUGACGAUUGAAGAAUCGAAGCCUGACGAUCCCGGUCACGAGCACAUCAAUGGUACUUUGGACAUUCCGGUGGAGCUAGAAGAACAGACUAUGGGAAAAUAUAACUGGGCCACAACACCCACCACCUUUAAGCCUGACAGCCCAGAUUUAGCAAAGCACUACAAGUCUGCCUCUCCGCAGCCCACCUUUCAGAUAAAACCUGAGACUCCAGUGCCCCCGAAGAAGCACCAUGUCAUCCAGGAACUGCCUCUGGAUAACACCUUUGUGGUGGGCUGCGAUUCCCUCUCCAAGUGUUCCUCCAGCAGCUCGGACCCUUAUAGUGUCUCUGAAUGCAGCUGUCAAGGAGGGUUCAAGACUCCAGGCUCGAUCCACACCAGACAGCAUUCAAAAGAAGUAGGAAGACCACAGACACCAUUAAAAGAGACAAGUCUAGAGUCAUGGACUCAGCCACAGUCACAGCGCCGAGUCACGUUUCAUCUACCUGAUGGCUCUCAGGAAAGCUGCAGUGACAGUGGCCUAGGAGACCAUGAGCCCAGCAGCACCGCAAGCACAUCACACCCUUUACCACUCGGUUUCCCCCAAGAAGAAUACUAUGAACAGACAUCACCCAACAGUCGGACAGAGGGAGAUGGGAACUCGGAUCCAGAGUCCACCAUUGAGGUGAACCUCCAGAAAGCUCUUGCCGAAGCCUCCGAGACCUGCACGCAGGAAUGCCUCAUCCUCGGUCACUCCGACAAUUGCUGGAUGCCUCCUUCCUUGACACAGUAUCAACAAUCCAACCCUCCUUUGCCUACCUUUGGCUUUCAGCAGGGAUGGGUACGAGGAGCCAUGACAGAUGGAAGGCACACUCUUGGAAGGCUGAUCCCCAAGGACGACACUGACAAAGGCCCAGGAGGACAGAGGCCGCAGUUCUACAACACCUGUGAAAGACACUGCACCAGCGAAGACCCAGUCAAAGUUAUUCCUCUUGCAAACUUCAUUCCUGCCCAGGCAACACCCAUCUCUGGGAGUAACACCACUUUGAUCCAUGAGCACCAGCUAUAAAAGCAUAUCUUGACAAAUCAAGCUAUUUCAGGCUUUAAAGUGUGAGUGUAUAUAGUUACAGCUUAACGCAGUUUUAAUGCAUAUGCAAACCUAUUAAAGGUUUGUGAAUAUUUAUGUACAUAGAAUUCUGAAUUGAAGUUCAAAAGCUGUAUCCUAAAGAAUGAAUUAAAGGAAAUCCAGCUUACUCAGUAACUAACAGUAUGCAAAAAAGAAAGAAAAACAGAAAGAAAGAAAAACCCACAAAGGGAAAAAAUGUCUCUCUUUCCCCAAUGAGUUGGCACAAACUAUAGUUUUAAGGCAAGGUUGGUCUUUCUCUUUUCUUAGAAAUUACUUAGCAUGUUGAGGACAUGGUCAACUCAGUAAUCAUAAGAGAGAGGAAUGACUUUCAUAUCAACUCUUUGCUUUCAGGUCAUUAUUGUAUUGUGUACAUUUUGAAAACAAUAUACUUCGUAUAUACUCAUGAUGAAGCCCUGCAAUUCUUCAUAAGAAAAACUAAAGAGAAAAAUCAGUUUUUUAUUCUGAUUAGCAAGUCCCAAUGAGAGUUAAUUGCGGUGGGAGUACAUACAUUGCAUAUGCAGCCCACAAUAUCUCAUUGUGGUCUCCAUGAGCCUCAAAGUUUGUGCUAAAAAUAUAUUUGAACAGAUUUGAGCUCUUACUAACAUUUGCAUGCUAGCCCACAGGGCUAUGGGAUGGAGGAGGGCCAGCACUGUCCUGUAUCUUGCAGCUAGUUUGGCAGGGUUUUGGAUUGGUUUUGUUGGCAGAAAGGCAGGACCAAGAACUUGAGAGUAGAAUCAGAAACAUUCAUCCGAGUCUAUGCAUGUGUUAAAUCUAACCAAGUUCAGUUGGAUUUACUCCUAUGUAUGUGUGCAUAAUAUUAUGCACCCUUAUGAUAGCAAUGGGCUGUGAAAUCGUCAUCUCUCCCCACCUCUGGAAAUUUUAGAAAACAUGGCAUAUCAUUCUUAUGCCUCUCCAUCCCUAUCACUGGAAAACUGAACCAAAAAGGCAGGCAAGUCUUGGAAAACAUUUUUGCAGGGCCCCCUUUCAAAAAUUCUUCAGAGAAAAUUUACAAGGGUGUAAGCCUCAGGGGAAGUAGGCCUUCAUGGUGUCAUCCUAGCAAAUAGGGGUCACUUAGUGUGAUGUCACUCACUGCACUGUCAAGUAACUAAUUGGAUUUGGAUUUGCAAUGGGUGUGGGGGAGAGAGAGAAUGUCAGCUCAGUGCAAAGGCAGGUGUGCCCACACUUGCUGUUUUGUACUGCUGCACUAGGAUAAGCUUCUGCAGAAUCAUAAAACGAGAAGGCAAGAGCCUUAGGCAGAUGCAUUUCCUCCCUCCAAGUCUUCAAAGCAAUAUUAAAGAAUGAACUGCUGUCUCCUUCACUGAUUGGUUGCAGGGUGCCACCAUGACAUCACCCUAUUCAUGUCAUGAUUCCUGACUGACUAGAUCAGGUUAUGAAGGAGAAAACAAAAUGGUGCUUUUGCACAAUUACAAAGGCAUUUGGUGCACCCACAGAGAAGACUCACAGUUCAUCCUUGAAAAAAUAUGCAAACAAGAAAAAAUUGGUGCAGUACUAUGGGAGAUUUGUGCUAACCAACACAGAAGAAAAGGCCAUCUCAUGCCUUAUUUCUUAAGUGGUGAAAACAUGAAGUUACUUAAACGUACUGUAUAGAAAGAUAACUUCCUGUUACUUCCCACAUUCAACAUAUCAUUUUUACUAGUCCAGUUUUGAUCAGAUUUUUUGUUCAAGUCCCCAAAUCCCUUAGUUAGACUUGAAUAUGCAGCCAAGUUUUUUUCUGCUGGAAUUUACUCUAAAGGCUAUUUUUCAGCCAUGAGUGCAUCUUUCUCUCCUUCCUGCUCUCAUUUAUAUGGCUUAAAAUAAUAAUAAUAAUAAUAAUCUGCAAUCAAUGUUUCUGUGGAUUGCCACAAAAGCCUCCUUCCCCUGAAAAAGAAGACAGAAAGAAACAGGAUACAUCUUUGAAUUGUGUUGUGCCUUGGCAGUAAGCUAGUGUAUUUGGGGACACAUGGUGAUUGUUAAUGUAUAUUGUCAGUUUUUCCGUAAGUCUUGCUAUAUAACUGCACACCAAACCUAUUAUGCAAAUGAACUCUUAGUGCUUUCGCUUAGUAUAUGCCGAAGCAAAUAACUGAUAUUAGUCUAAAGGACUGAAAGAUCUGGGAAGCAAGUGUUCAAUUGAUGCUAUUAUGAAGUCCUUCUCGUUAUGUUUUUCUGUAGCAGCUCAAGGUGAUGUACCAGGAAAGAUAAGACAUUCGUGACGGAUCUCCAUGUGCUAGCUUUCACAAACAGCAUAAUGAAUAGUGAACAAAUCCUAUCCUAGGUACAAUUAAGAUAUCUUUUUUUAGAUGAAAUGGCGACAAUCCCCUUGUAUUUUGUUUCUCCCUAGCCUUGACUCAUGCACAGUCUGGUAUGUUCUGCAGCCAAAUAAUCAGAGCUUUCCUAGCUCCACUUUUACUAUAGACAAUCGAAAUUUGAUGGGGAGAAGGAAGCAAUGUGUGAUUUAAAAAACACACCAAAAAAACCUCUCAUGUGAAGAAAGAACCCCAUGUAGGCUCAUCAAUGUAACUUACAAAUCUGUAAUUUUUGAAGAAAAAACUGUGUGUACAAUUGCUGUAAUAUAAAUUGCUUGUAAAUUUAUCAAAAUUCCCAUCAUUGAGGUUCCAAUGAAUGCCGAAAGAUUCUCUUCAUUAUGUGCCCAGCAGGUAUAAGUAGCUUUAUAUAUUGUUGUUCCCACUGUUAAUCUAUUCUGAACACAUUUUGUUCUAAUGUGUAAAGUUUAAAAAGAUACAAGAGAAGCUUCACUUUUAAUCUUUCAAUAGCAUUUAGUUAACAGAACCUAAGAUUAUCAAAUUGUGUAUCUUUCCCUAGUUCUCCAACACGUAUUGGCCGAGGUGUAGCACUCUGGAUUUCAGCUGCAUGCAAAUUCUGGAAUACAUGCUAAUCCUUCAGAUCCUGAAACAGUCACUUGCUGCUAGUUGAAGCACAGUUAAUAGUAUGACAAACUAAACUAGAGCCAAUAAGUACCAGCACAUUUCCCCCCAACUUUUCCCUGUGCCAGAAAAUGGUGAAUUUGCUCUUGAAAGAUUCUAUGCUUUAAAAUAUAUAUAUCAUCAUAGGCCUAUCUUGCAUGCACGCACCAGCAUUAGUGCAUGUACACAACUAACUGCUAAGCAGAAUGUUAAAUUAUAUGAAUUAAAAUCCACCUUGUAAAGGAUGACUUACAGGCCAAAAUUCAAAAUCUCUUCUCAGUGACAGAAUCUGAUUUCAUUGCAAGCUAUGAUUGCAGAUCUGAUCAUUGUGCAUACUUCUAAAUCCCUUCUAGUAAGGCGAUGUCCACUUGGAUGGUUGCACAAGGUGCUCUGUGACCUAAUAAUAUUCCUAAUGAACUUGGGGGCAAUAUGAUUUUACCAAAUGAGCUAUGGGUUAGCACUCCAUACUUGGAAACAGAUUAUGCUUGAAUCGACACCCCUAAAUUGUAAACCUACCAUCUAAAGCAGGCGUACUCAACUUUGGUCCCCCAGCUGUUUUUGGUCUACAACUCCCAUAAUCCCCAACCACAGUGGCCAAUAGCCAGGGAUUAUAGGAGUUGUAGGCCAACAUCUGCAAGAGGGCUGAAGUUGAGCAGUCCUGAUAUAAAGUAACUCUGAGAUCAUGUAAUGUGGAGUACCUGAAAAUGGCAUAAGAAACUCAGUGUGUGUGUGUAGGGGAAAGUUUGUAUUAAAUUCCAUCCAAGAUUUCAGCCCACUCAAGACAGUAGCUUGAGUAAAACUAACUUGUUUUCAAUUGGGUCUUUGUAGGUUUGUGAAAUGCACACCUGGCAUUUACUUACUGUGACCACCUUUCUCCAAAGAGCUCAUAAUAUGUAUGUUCUUCUGUACACUUUAUCUUCAAAACUACCCACCGAAACAAGAUCAAGACAAAGUGACUGCCCAUAACUGAUGAAUAGUAACAUAAUUGAUGAAUGUUACUAUGACUACUACAAAUAUUUUAUAUACCACUUUUCAACAUAAUGUUUUAGUGGGUUAUCAUAUCCUACCCACUACACUGGUGCCCAUCUGAAUAUCUGGACAAAUAUGAAAAUGCAAUAUACUCAAACACCCUAGUUUUCAAUAAUAUGCAGGCAAAGAAGUGAAUGAUCUCUGUUAUGGUUCAACAUUUGGUACAAUCUACCAGUGAGUUCUUCUGUAUGACACCAUUGACAUGAUGGAAAAAUGUGCAAGAGAAGUAUUAGCAGGCUUCAUUCAUUCAUUCUUCAUUCAUUCUCUUAAUGGUGCAGAAAAACUCUAUGGUGGAUGUCGCCCUUUUUUAUUCUGGCAGAGCCCGAAACUCCAUCAACCUUCGUUAAUUAGGUGUCUUGGUUUUCCCAUGGGUCUACAUAGCCCUGUCUUCUGAACUCUGACAUAAAGAUGACAGACUCCUAAACCAUGAAAAAUCAUUGGGGGGGAAAUAGAGUUUCUGAAACUGGCUCUCUCAUAUCCAUUUGCACAGCUGAAAUAUUGGGUUAAUUUUACCCAUCCAUCAGGAUUAAGUGGCUCCAUUUCCUAAUAGCAAAUUGAAAGUGCUGUCAUGGAAAAUCAAUACAAGAAGUUCAUAGUUAUCAGGUUUGAAGAUGGUCAUGGUUCUGUGAAAAAGAAAGUUAUGUAGAUGCUUUUAUAUUUCUAGAAGGUAUACAGAUCUAAAAUUGUCAUAAGAAUGACCUAUUUCAGGUUUUUGUUGCUUUUAUUCAUAAGGCUACACAUACAUUUUCCUAAAAUGAUUAUAUUUGUUAUUGGCUGUGUAUCAUCUUUCCUCCUGUUUUGUGGGGGACUCUUUUCUCACAACAAACCUGUGAGGUAGAUUAGAUAAGCAAUGACACACUUCCAGAACAAGCAAUUUUGCCAUAGCAUAAAGCUAGCUUAGUUACACUAAAAAAACCCCAGCAGAGAUUUGCACAAGAGCAUGCUUGCACUAAAGCAUUAGCACAAAUGUGUGGUGUGCUGUAAUUGCAUGACUGCAAGCAUGCUUGUGAUAGUCUGGAACACAUGUUCCAGACUUCACAUAACAGUUUUGUGCUAGCCCAACAUCCUUCCACAAGUGCUGCAUUGCUCUGGAUGUCAGUCACUGACUGACCCAAGUUCGCCCAAUCAUGUUCAUGGCCGAGUGGAGUUUUGAACACAGAUAGACUACCUGAGCUACUGCAUUAGACUGUUUCCAAUAAAACGUUAAGGUAAGGUGACAAUCAAAAUUUGUUGGGAAGCAAUGUGUAAAUGUUCCUUGAAACUGACCCAAGUAGAAACAGAGGUCCUCUCAUCCUAAGGGACAGUAGGUUAUGACUGACACAAGGAGGACAACGCCAAGCAAGCAAUCCCAUGGAAAUUAAAAAGUACAAGUUACAUGUCUAACUUGUCUUUUAAAUUGGAUUGCUUUGAGCAGUUUCCCUCAUGUCAGUCAAUUAAUCUAGGAAGGGCCCUGCUGGAAUGGACCAAGGAUUCAUCUGUUCCAGCAUCCCAUUUCAUACAAUGACCAAUCAGAUUCCCAGUAGAGGGACAUGUAAGCCAAUAGCCCUCUCCUAUUGUUGCUUCCCAGCAACUGCUAUGCAUAGGCAUUCCACCUCUGCAGGUAGCAUAAACCCAUCAUUAUUAAUAGGCAUCAACAAACUCGUCCUCCAUUAAUAUAUAUUUUCCUGCUUUAAAGCCCUCUAAAUUAACAGUGAUCACAAUUGCUAUGCUUUUUGUAUAGACUGAUUUGGAAGUCCUUAAGAAUCUCUCACCAGGAAGUGAGAUCACAGAUUAUAGCUUCUUUAGAAAGCCUCAAGAAGUGAGCAAGAUAAUGGCAACCCAUGAUCUACCCUCAUAAACUGAUGUAAAGAUAGUUCCAUCACACAUUCAUUGACCACUCCAAGAAACCCAGAAAGUACCCUACCCAAAUGUCCAUGUAUAUUGGCUCUAGCUCCUUUAAAUGACCCUCUGGUCCUUAACACAAACUUUGGAAGACUGAGAGGCCAUUCUGGCCAUUUUUAAGGGUUGAGCUAUAAUGGAGGGGGGUCCCCCAGCAGCAGUGACACUCUUCCUGUGAUGACAGCAUCAUCCUAAGGGGCAUACUGGGGAGAAAAUGGCCACCAGCUGCAGCUAUCAGCAGGAACAGUGCAGCUACCUCUGAGACAUAGGUGGCAGGGGUAAAAGGCAGGACAAGUUUGACCUAUAUUUUUCACAGCCUUUUGCUGCUUUCAAAUCCACCCCACCCCCAAAUUCAGCCAGAAGUUCUCCUUGAAAAGUUCUUAGCCCAGCAUUGCUAGAGUCAAACAUGAACAUCAUAUUCCUGUGUGGAAGCAGAGAUUCUAGCAGAAAACAGGACACUUCCUAGGAAAUCCCUUAUGCAUGCAAAGGGAUAUGUGAAGUGAAAACACUACUCUUAGAAGCUUGUAUCACAAGAAAAUUAGGACUCCUAAGUCCUAUUGGAAUUAAGUAAUUAAUGGAAAGUCAAAUCUUGAUUAACCUCUCUCAUUGGUCCCAAUGGUGCUCAGUUGUGACCAACUUUCUCAGGACACAACUUGGAAGCUCCAUAUGCAUUUUUAAUUACACUCAAAGUGAGCAAACUAAUUCUUCCUAGUCAUCUUAGCUGGCUGAGCUUCUGCCUUCCACACAUUUCAGACCAAGCCAAUUGUUCUACAGACUCAGACACAAUGAAACCAUCUAUACAGAAUGUGUGUUUUAACAUGAACUCUUUUAGCAUGUCACAUUCCAACUCUAUGCUCAACAUUCUUUUUACCUAGAAUAAUUACAAGGCCAGCAUAGACUUAAUACAUUUUUCUUGACCCCCACUCUCAUCACUUCCCCAAUUAAAACGGGACUCUUUUGCCCUCUGUUGUUCCUCAAGUGUAGAUGUUGUCUUCUUUGUGAGUUUGAAGAGGAAAUAAGGUCAUUUGUUUUGCACAGUUGGGCAAAAGGGAAAGAAAUCAUACAUAAAGCCACCAAACCCUUUUUGGUAUAUUCUUUCAUCCCAGUCCCAAAGUUCCAGUUGUGGACACACUGUGUGAGGCUCCAACAUCCCACCCUCAACUAAGCAAUUUGUGGUAUGUUGCUCUAUCCAUUGACCCAAAUGCAAAUGCAAGAGAGCCAUGUGACCAUUCAAUGCAUAUGCAUCAAGGAAGAACACUGUGUCUGAAUUAGUCAGCAAUCAAGGAGACGAAGGCUUUUGUGCACUGUCAGUACCCCAAGGACUAACUUCACUGCUCAAAAUUUACACAUCCUCCCAUAUAUAAGAACAAGCUAUCUCAGUCCCUUUUUAUGUAAUCUUAAUCAUAUAUAUCUUAUUUUGCCUUACACAUGCCAUUGUAUUUUUUAAAAGAACCUCAAAACUAUAUUCUGCAUUCAGAACUGUAUAGCUGAAAUUAUAGACAGUGCUCAAAAUCAGGAACUGAUUUUUAACAUGGUUUCUCAUCACUAAAUGUGUGAUCUGACUCUGCUGUAAAGUAUAUCAGAGGUGGCAUGAAAGCUAUCUGUGAUGUUAAAUCUAUGAUGGCUCUCUCUCUCUCUCUCUCUCGCUCUCUCUCUCUCUCACACACACCCUCCAUCAUCAUUUGUGUAUAAAGUGGUAUUACAAAGAAGACAAAACAAAAGCAGGAGGAUAUAUUUUUCCUGGGGAGGGGAAAAUCAAGGCAAUAGUUCCUUAUUUCAUUCCAUUUUGAAAUUAAGCCAAUCCUCAAAAGAUAUACUUAAUGGGAUACUGCAAACAUUAUUUCCCUCAUUCUAAAGUUAUGCCACUGUCCAGUGUGAACAGACUUCUGCUAAGUGAAAAGCAACAGCAGUGCAAAGACACAACAGUGUUGCUUAGUAGAAUAAGAAAUUUCAUGUGGCUUUGUGGAAGUCAUUUUUUUUAAUGCCAUCUUUAUGACACAGUUCUUUCCCUGAUCAUUUCCAAUUACUAUGUCUAAUUUCAAAUCCAAAUCAACAUCACUUGUUUAGAAAUCAUUAUUUAAGAUAGAAAGCAAGAACCCACUUUCAAUCUUUGAACAGGAUGCCUGCAAAAUGAGCAUACUGUACUUUCCAGGAUGUAGGUGCUCUCAAUAUAAAAUGAUUAAUUUUAACUGACAAUGAAAAGUGUUGUUAUCGUUGACAAUCGGGGGUUUACUGGUAGUGCUCUGAGUCCCGCUGGAAUUAGGCUUCUUCAGGAGGCCUGUUUAGAUUGUGCCCUGGGCUACAUUUUUUUAAAAUGAAGAAUUGGGUUUUGUAAACAGGUUGAAGGCAAAGAUUCUGUUUGGUAAAUCCUAGAACACAAAGCCGUGUGUGUGUCUCACGUUAACCCUAGUGAUGAAAGAUAACUGAAAACCUUUUGUAAAUAUCUGUAUCUGAGUUUGUACUUCAGGGAGAUUUUUUCACUCUGUGGCAUACUACAGGAUUUGAAAGUGAUUAAGUCUGUGUAUUUGUACUGAAACCGCCCUAAUACACGCUUUAGAAUUGUGCUGUUGGGCAUCGUAUGAUGUUAAGUCCCAUGGCACUGGAAGUCGAGUUAAACCCACUGUAGUUCUAUUUCAGGUUAUGUACAGCAUGUUGUCUUGUUAAUUAAGAUGCUUAUUAAUAAAUUAGAGCCACAAAACCAA